CGGCGCACCAUACCCAAAUUUGGUCCAUACCUUCUUCUUCAGACACUUGGUGAAGGAGAGUUUGGUAAGGUCAAACUUGGAUUGCACCAUCAAUGGGGUGAAGAGGUUGCCGUAAAGCUCAUUCGACGGGGCAACGUGGAUACAACCGUAAGAAUGUCAAAAGUUGAACGGGAGAUUGAAGUUCUCAAGACGCUCAAGCAUCCAAACAUCGUCCGCCUUUACGAUGUGAUCGAGACCGAUAAAUAUAUUGGCAUUAUCCUCGAAUAUGCGUCAGGAGGGGAACUCUUUGACCACAUUCUCGCCCAUCGUUACCUGCGCGAGAGGGAUGCUGCCAAACUUUUCUCCCAGCUUAUUUCAGGAGUCUGGUACAUUCAUCAAAAGAAAAUUGUGCAUCGCGACCUCAAGCUUGAAAAUCUCUUACUGGACCGUCACCGCAACGUGAUUAUCACUGAUUUUGGAUUCGCUAAUCGAUUUGAACAUAGAUCAGACGACUUGAUGCAGACUUCAUGUGGCAGCCCCUGUUAUGCAGCCCCAGAACUCGUCAUCAGCGAGGGUUUGUACGUAGGGAGCGCCGUCGACAUUUGGAGCUGUGGUGUUAUCCUAUACGCCAUGCUUGCGGGCUAUCUCCCGUUUGACGAUGACCCAGCAAACCCUGACGGUGACAACAUCAAUCUCUUGUACAAGUACAUCGUCAACACGCCGCUAUCCUUCCCUGACUACAUUUCC